AGUGUCCCUCCUGGUCCCCACUGAGGAGAGAAGCCCACCCAGACCACGCUCCCCCGCUGGCCAGAGAGCCCCAAGAGUCCUGCUGCUCCUCCUCCGAUCUUGCCGGCAGCCCAGGGAGGCAACAUGGCAUCCCGGAUCCCCUGCUUCCUCCUCCUCCUGCUGCCGCUGCUUCUGAGGGCCGCCCACACCUUCCACACCCCCAGGCUGGAGGAUGGCGGUGCCAGCGGGGAGGGCGAGGGCUCUUCGUCGGCCAGCCUCCCGCCCCCCAGUACCCCGAGGCUGAGCCGCACCUCGGCCCAGCCGCGCCCGACACCCCUGGCCGGCCCAGGGGGCCCGGACCCCGCCACCACCAACUUCCUGGACGGGAUCGUGGACUUCUUCAAAGAGUACAUGCUGCUCAUCUCGGUGGUCGGCUCUCUGGCCUUUCUGCUCCUGUUCAUCGUCUGCACGGCCCUUAUCGUGCGCCAGAAGCACAAGGCCUCGGCUUACUACCCCUCCUCCUUCCCCAAGAAGAAGUACGUCCACCCGAGCGACAAGGCCGGGGGCGGCCGGGCCUUCAGCGAGGUGCCCGAGAAGCCCCCCGCCGCGCAGCCCCAGGAGCCCCUCGAUGCCUCUUGCCAGCUCCAGGCUGACAUCCUGGCUGCCACCCAGAACCUCCGCUCCCCAGCCAGGGGCCCCUCGGCCGACGGGGACGGAGUCCUGAUGGAGGAGAGGCCCCCCACAACACCCCACGGAGGGGACAAGGACCCAGAUGGGGCGGGCCGGGGGACCCGGGAGGUGGAGGGGGAGAAGAAGGCCAAGGGGGAACCCCAAGGGGAGCCUCGGGAGGAGGGAGAGGAGGAGGAGGAGGAGGAGGAGACAGCACCGGCCGCCCUCCUGGGAGCGGGAUCUCCAGAGGAAGAGUGUCCGGAGGCCGCCCCCGUGGUGGCGGUGGCGGAAGAAGUUGGAGCCAAGGCCGAGUUGCCGCCGGAAGCCCCAGGAGAGGCUUGCGCCUGCAGCAGCCGACCCCCAGAAGCCUAGCAGGUCCGGACCUGUCGCUGAGGCCCUCCCCUCCCUCCCUCCCCCAUCCCCACAGGACCCCAAGACCCUCACCGGACUGCCCCAACAUAGCCACCUAAACCCACCAUGCCCCCAAGACCGGAUUCUCACUGAGGCUGGGCUGCCAGGGAGGACUCUUGCCUGGUGGGGAUGGGGCUGGCCCAGGGGCACCCGGUGGCAGGGACCCCCCCACCCUAACACUGGUCUGACUGUUCCCGGCCACUGCCGAGCCCCCCUCCCCCCCCAACCCACACCUGCCACUGCCUCCUCCGAGCCUCCCACUUGGGAAGCUCUCAGGAUCCAUCGUCCAUCCCAGGACCCCUGGGGACUUGGGGGCCAGUCUCACCGCCCCACCACCUGUGGGGGCCCAGGAGGGGUUGAAACAAGGCUCGGGCAAUGACCCCACUCCCCUUCAGACGUUUGGGGAGGCAGACCGUAUUUAUGACGUGAUGGGACCUGCUGUUCCAUCAAAAAGACAAGAGAAGAGUGUGAAAGGUGUGGAUUUGGGUGGGGUCAUGCGGGGAUCCCCCGUUGGAUGGGGGCCCCCCUUUUGGGGGAAAUUAACCCCUCACAGCCUGGCUUCCACCGAGACCCGGGGCCUCUCCACUCAGGUGGAAGGAGCCUCUGCCUGAUCAGGGCCUUCGGGGGGGCCACCACCUGCCUGAAAGACCAGGGGUGCCGAGCCCCCCCCAGAAUCCCUCCUGGCCUUUUCUCCCUCAACAGCUCCACGGAGGAGGGUGGGGGCGGGUCUCCCCAUGGCUCCAGAUCGGAGUUGGUGGCCGGGGUGGGCUGGGGCCAGUGCGGGCCACACUGUUGCCAAAUAAACCUUUUCUCUUCUAUUU